GAGGCCUCAUUUGGUUGACAUGGGAAUUAAAUUCCCAUAGGAAUUUGCAUUUCAUAGGAUUUAUUUCCCUAAUUAAAUUCCUAGAAUUUCAUGAACUUGUUUGGUUGACAAUUUGGGAAUUCAAAAUUCCCAUGAAUUUGAAUUGACCAAAAGGGGGCUAGGUAAUUUACUUCUUUUAUUUUGUGGCCCAUGAAUUUUGAUUGACCAAAGGGGGGCUAGGUAAUUUACUUCUUUUAUUUUGUGGGAAGUUAAAAUUCCCAUGAAUUUCCACUUCCCCCUUUUUGCUUUUAUGUAUCAACCAAUCUUCUCAAUUUAUUAAAUCCCAUGAAUUUUCACUUCCUCCAUUUUAAAUUGUCAACCAAACAAAUCAAAUCUAACCCUAUAAUCUGAAAUAACACCUCUGGCAUAAAUUUCUAACACCCAUUACUUUACCAAUAUUGUCAAUCUAUAUAAUUAACACAAAGCAUCAAAUUAUCAAAAUAUGCCAUCUCCUUAAAUCCCUAAUGUCCCUAUACAUUAAAAAAAAAAAAAAAAAAAAAAAAAAAAAAAAAAAAAAAGGCAUGAUCGUGGACUAAAAAAAAAAAAGCACGGUCGUCAAUAGUCCACAUCAUCCAUCAACCACCAUCAUCAUCCUCGCUCCAUUCUCAUAAAAACGCCAAUUCAUCAAAUCCCAACUCAUUUAAAUUUCAAUAUUUCACAAUCAUAAACAUUCUUCCCAAAAAAAAAAAAUGUUGAUUUCUUCAAUCAAUUAUUGGCUAGUUCAUCACCCAAUCAUAACCAAUUUCGAAUGGAACCCUGAAAUUACUCAUUUCUCCUCACUCCAAUUCCUCAUUCUCACAACCCUCACUUACCUUUCUCUCACUUUCCUCCUUUCUCACUCCUCUCUCUCUCCUCUCCCACCACCCCUCCUCCGCUUCAUCUCCGCCGUCCAUAAUCUCAUCAUCCUCCUCCUCUCUUUAGUCAUGGCCGUUGGAUGUUCGCUCUCCACCUUAACCCAAAUGCCUUCACCCCACUGGAUCUUUUGCUUCCCCGCCAAUCAAACCCCGCCACGUGGACCCGUCUUUUUCUGGAGUUACAUCUUUUACCUCUCUAAAAUCGUUGAGUUUAUUGACACACUUUUGAUUAUUCUUAGUGGGAGUCUUGGACGGUUGUCGUUCCUCCACGUGUACCACCAUUCAACGGUUCUGAUUAUGUGCUACAUUUGGCUUGAAAGUUCUCAGUCGUUGUUUCCGGUUGCGUUGGUGACGAAUGCGAGUGUGCAUACUGUGAUGUAUGGGUAUUAUCUGAUGUGUACGUUUGGGAUUCGUCCGUCAUGGAAGAGAUUGGUCACCAACUGUCAGAUUGUUCAGUUUGUGUUUAGUUUUUUGGUUUCUGGGGUUAUGUUGUUUAUUCAUUUUACGAGAUAUCCUUGCUCUGGGAUUUUGGGUUGGUGCUUCAACGCUGCGUUUAAUGUUUCUCUUUUGUAUUUGUUUAUUGAUUUUCAUUCUAAGAAUUACAACAAGAAAAAACAAUUGAAUAUGGUAGGAGAUAAGGAUAAGGUUUUGUGAUUUUUUUUUUCUUUUGCCCGAAUGUAAUUGCGAAUUAGACUUGUGGAGCCUUUUUCUUGUUUAAAC